ACAUAUUGCAGUCUAAUCAAAAUAUGUCUAAAGUUCAUGACAUAAAUUGAAUAUUUUCGGUAGUCUUUAUGUAUACACAAAAUUAAGUGAAAACUAUGGUUAAAUUUUUUAGUAUUUUUAUAUAGAACACACAGUACAUAAGUAAGCAGGAUUGCCAGAAAGAGAGAAUCAGAUAGAAACUUAUGAGUUAAGCAAUUAGACACACUUCCUCUCCUCCACCUUCCCUAAAACCCUAAGCAAAUGCGCAUAAAAUAAAUAAAACAAAAAGAGAAUUAACAAUAACACUGUGGACACAUUCAAAUCUUAUUUUAUUCAACAAUAUUAUUUAAUAUAAUAUUCAAAAGAUAUCCUUUUUUUUGUCACUAUUUCAAAAGAUAUCCAUAUGUAUGAGUGGAUAUGUUUAUAUAUAAAUAAAGGUUCUUCCUUUAUCUUUGUCACUCUCUUUCUCUAAGCUCUCCUCUCCUCUUCUUUUCUCUCUCUAAAGCUCCUCCCUUUGUUUUUUUUUUUUUACGUAAUUCUCCACUUCUUCAUAUAAGCCUUCACCAAACAAAACCACCUUUAGUUCCUUUAUUUGCUCUAAAACAAAACAAAAAACAAAACUAAAGAGGGAAGAGAUCAUCAAAGAAGAAAGAUAAAAAAAUGGUGUUUUCUUCAUUUCCUACUUAUCCUGAUUCAUCAAACUGGCAACAACAUCAACCAAUCACAUCCACCGUUGGAUUCACGGGAGACAACAACAUCAGCCAGCAGUUCCUCCCUCACCAUCCCCUCCCAUCGCAACCGCAACAAACGCCUCCACCGCUUCACCACAACGGUGGAGGCGGUGGUGGUCCCGGAGGACCUGGAGGAUCAAUAAGGCCAGGUUCGAUGGCGGAAAGGGCAAGAAUAGCCAACAUACCAAUGCCUGAAACAGCCUUGAAAUGUCCAAGAUGUGACUCAACCAACACCAAAUUCUGUUACUUCAACAACUACAGUCUCACCCAACCUCGCCACUUCUGCAAAGCAUGCCGCCGUUACUGGACACGUGGCGGCGCUCUAAGGAGCGUUCCUGUUGGUGGUGGUUGCCGCAGAAACAAAAGAACCAAAAACAGCAGCGGUGGCGGUGGCGGCGGUAGCAGCAGUAGCGGUAACAGUAAGUCACAAGACAGCAACACAAGCAGCGACCAAUACCACCACCGAGCCAUGGCUAAUAAUCAGAUGGGACCACCACCUUCGUCGACUUCUCUGAGCUCGUUGCUAUCUUCUUACAACGCCGGUUUGAUCCCCGGACAGGAUCAUAACAACCACGUACUUGGACUUGGAUCAUCUUUGCCUCCUCUCAAGCUCAUGCCUCCUUUAGACUUCACUGACAACUUCACCUUACAGUACGGUACCGUUUCAGCUCCUUCUUAUCAUGUAGGCGGUGGAAGCGGAGGAGGAGCGGCGGCUCUUUUGACUGGUUUUGACCAGUGGAGAUUUCCGGCACCUCAUCACCAACUUCCUUUGCUGGGUGGUUUAGACAGCUCAUCAUCAUCUUCCGGGUUAUAUCAGUUUGAUCAUCAAAAUCAAACAGGCAUGGAUCCGGGUUACGGAUUAGUCACUGGCUCGGGUCAGUAUCGACCUAAGAACAUCUUUCAUAACCUUGCUUCCUCUUCUGUAUCAUCAGCUAUGGUCACGGCCACUGCGUCGCAAUCAGCUUCAGUGAAAAUGGAAGAUAGUAACAAUCAAGUCAACAUGUCUAGACAACUUUUUGGAAACGAACAACAGCUUUGGAAUAUUCAUGGAACUGCCGCAUCAACCGCAGCGGCAACAACUAGUUCGUGGAGUGAUGUCUCUAAUAACUUCAGGUCUUCUUCUACUAGCAAUAUAUAAUCAGCUGGCACUCUAAGGAUCAAAUCUAUGUGAUGACGAGACUUUUAGUAUUUUUUUACUGGGUGUGCUAUGAUCUUAUGUACUUAGUUGGAAGUUAGUACAUCGAUCGAUCCCGUAGGUCUUUUAAUAUUACAUUACAACUACUAGUUUUGGGUUUUGUUUUGAUAUUUGGAUUCUCUUGGUUGUUUUUUUUUUCAGAUUUAGAUUAGGGUUUUUGUUACAAGGUUUCAUUUUAAGUAUGGGGAUAUGAGAUCAUACAUGCGAGUAGUACGGUGUUUGUAUGAGUCAAGUAUGUUCUAUCAAAUAUAUUUUACUAUUUUAAUUUUUUAAUACAUUGAAUGAGGUUCAGUCU